AUGGCAAACAACCCGAAUCUGCAACCGCACCACUCCCUCCCAGCUCGGCCACCGCCCACGACAUAUUCAGCGCCGCCUUCGCGACCAACCAAUGCUGGCGCAAGAACGCAGCCGAGCUCGGCCAUGUUCGCUGCCUUCACACCGCGCUCAGUGGUAGCGCACGCUCCGCCGCAGGUGUCUGCUGCACCGGCUAUGUACCCGCAAGCCACUGUGAGCGCUCCCUACCAAGCUUCCGCGUACCCGACCAGCAAUACUUACAACAGCUACUCAUAUCCAGCCUAUGCUGCAGGUGCCCCAGCCGCGUCAUACCCCUCUGCCGCCGCUACGAUGAACCGCGACGCUGGUGGCACGUACGAUCCUGAGGAAGAGGCGCGUAUGGCCGAGUGGAACAGCGCGUACAACAGAGACGACACAAACGCCAAGAAGACGGGAAACGCAAACGUUGGCAUCGCGCAAGCUUCACCACCAGAUGCCGACGCUGGGCCCACUGCAGACGGCAAGAAGAAAACCGUCGUCCGAGAAGGGGGUGGCAAGCACUGGGAAGACGAGACUUUGCUCGAGUGGAACCCACUGCACCCACGGCUUUUUAUUGGCAACCUAGCUGGCGAGGUCACAGAUGAUUCGCUCUUGAAGGCCUUCUCGAAAUACCCUUCCUUGUCCAAAGCCCGUGUCGUACGUGACAAGCGCUCGACGAAGAGCAAAAGUUAUGGCUUUGUAAGCUUCGCCGAUACCGACGACUACUUCCGCGCCGCCAAAGAGAUGAACGGCAAGUACAUUGGUAGCCAUCCUGUGCUGAUCAAGCGGGCCACGUCCGAAGUCAAGGUUGUCACGAAGCGCGACGACAAGCACGGCAAGCAUGGACAGAACAACAAGAACAAGAACAAGAACAAUGGCGGCAAUAAGACGAACACGGCCACUGCUGCCCCGGCCAUGACAGCCACGCUGCCCUUCAUCCCCCGAGGUGUGCAGAAGAAGGGCAAGCACAGCGGACCGAGGGUUCUUGGUUGA